GCAACCCAUUAGCAACAGGGCAGGCAGGCAGGGAGAGGGGCUCGGGCGGGCUGGGGCGGGGGACGGGCUGCGGGCGCGCCGCGCCGUGCCGCGCCGCGGUGCCGUUCGCCUCCGAGGGCCGGGGUGCCGCGGGCUUGGUAGAGCCGCCCCGUCCGAAACCUGGAUUGCAGGAGCCAUUCACCAUGCCCGGCAGACUGUAGGUGCUUCAUGGAGCAAGCCAACUUCUACGAGGUCGAUUCCCGGCCCCCGAUGAGUAGCGGCCAGCACCACCAGCUCCAGACUCCCCUGCCCGGCAGCGCCUACAGCUACAGAGAGGCUCCCUCGGCGGCGGCACCUGCUCCGGGCGGCGCGGAGCUCGGCGACAUCUGCGAGAACGAGAACUCCAUCGACAUCAGCGCCUACAUCGACCCCGCCGCCUUCAACGACGAGUUCCUGGCCGACCUCUUCCAGCACAGCAAGCAGCAGGAGAAAGCCAAGGCCAUCCUGGCCGGGGAUUUCGACUUCCACAGCAUGCAUGGGGCCGGCGCCGCCGCCUCGGCGCCGGGGCACCAGCAGCAGCACCACCAGCAGCCGCUCUUCGGCUGCGUGGCCGGCUACAUGGACGGCAAGCUCGACCCCCUCUACGAGCGCAUCGCCGCGCCCGGCUUGCGGCCGCUGGUGAUUAAGCAGGAGCCCCGCGAGGAGGAGGAGGUCAAGUCGGCGGCCCUGUCGGCCCUCUACCCCCACCACGCUCCGCAGCAGCACCCGUCCCACCUGCAGUACCAAAUCGCCCACUGCGCCCAGACCACCAUGCACCUCCAGCCCGGGCACCCCACGCCGCCCCCCACGCCUGUGCCCAGCCCGCACCACCCGCACCACCCGCACCCCCCCGGCGGCCUGCCCGCCGCCGGCGCCCUCAAGAUGAUGCCCGCGGACCACCGGAGCAAAUCGAAAAAGACAGUCGACAAGAACAGCAACGAGUACCGGGUGCGGCGGGAGCGCAACAACAUCGCGGUGCGCAAGAGCCGGGACAAGGCCAAGCAGCGCAACGUGGAGACGCAGCAGAAGGUGCUGGAGCUCACCACCGACAACGAGCGGCUGCGCAAGCGGGUGGAGCAGCUCACCCGGGAGCUGGAGACUCUGCGGGGCAUCUUCAGGCAGCUGCCCGAGAGCUCGCUGGUGAAGGCGAUGGGCAGCUGCGCCUAGCGCCGCGCCGGGACUGGCGGGGCGGCCGCGCCCGUUACCGGCCUGCCCUCGCUCACCUAUAGAUACUAUACGUACCGGAGCUCGGCGAUCUCAGAUUGUUUCGGGGGGGGAGGGCGGGGAGGGGGCUGGGGUUUUUGUUUUGUUUUGUUUGGUUGGUGUUUUUUUUUUUUUUAACAAUUAACGACCAAUACAAGAUGCCAGGCAGCUGUAGUAUUAAAAGGUUUGUGCCUUAGGGAUAACACACGAAUAAGCUGAAAACAUGGUGGGUUUUAUAAGGAGAAAGGAGAGGGGAAGGAGGACAUUCAAAAGCCCACGUGUCUACACAGGGUAAAUAAUAAUAAUAAUAAUAAUAAUAAAGCACACAUAGCAAUCCAGAUGUGCCUUAAAAGCUGGCUGCAGGAGCUCUGGGGUGCUGGCCAGGCCUCCCCCGAGCUGGCUUGUGGUGCAGCAGGCAGGGGCAGCUGCGGGGAGGUGGCAAGGAGAGGGCUGAGGCUGAGCGACGUGCAGCGCCAGACGCCCGUUUGGAGCACUGUGUGGGGCAGCUGCCGGACUGCUGCCAAAAUUGUGCCAGCCUGGCUUAGCUGCCUCUGCCGAGCCCUGUCCCUGCCUUGGCUGGGAGCAGGGCAGGGGCCACCGCCACUGCGGGACCAAUGGACAGCCUGGGACUGACGGAGCAGCAGCUCGCGAGGGAGCGUGGUGAGCUCUCUCCAUCAAAAGGAAGAGCAGCAGUGUCUUGUACUGUAUGUCACGACGUGGCGAAGCACAAAUGAAUAAAUACCUAUCGAUGCGGGUAUUUACUAUGAACUUGCAGUGUAUUUUGCUUUAUUCCAGGACAUUUAGCUCCUCUUCAAGUCUCUGUCUGUCUCAUGUAAUGUGAAAGCCUUUCCGUGUAUACUAGCUACACUUUAUUUUUAUUGCAUUACUUAGAUCUUUGCCAUCACACGACUUUCUUAUCUGGUGACAGAGACUAUGCCCUUGCCCUUGUGCUGCAACGUUAUUUUAUUAUUUGUGUGGAUGAGUGAGUGUGAGUGUGUGUCGUGUCGACUUCUUCACGUCGUCUUGGGCUGGCUGCUGCCUCCCGACCCUGAGGCAGGGGUUCCCGGGAGGCGGCGCAGGAUGCCUGCAGUGGGGUGAGGAGGCUCGUCCUUGGUGCUGGAGCACCUUUGGACUCUGGAGCUUCUCCCAGGGUGAGAGAAAAAUAAGCAAACAAAGAGCCUCCCCCCACUUCCAGGGAGCAUUGGUCACCACGUGGAGCAUUUCUUCCUCACGUCAUAGCUGCGCAAGAGGUUGUCCAGUUGCAAUAGUCGUGAUGGGAGAGGAGAACAAGGUGGAGACGUGAAGCUGUUUGGACGUGUGACAGCAGGAGUGCAGUGCUGGUGGUGUGUGCAUGCAUGUGCCAUGUGUGUACAUGGUGUGUAUGGGUAUGUAUACACGUAUAUAUAUGCACACACAUUGGUGGGGUUUUUGGAAAUUAGGAAGGGGGGAACUGCAUAUAAAGUUUGUCGGAAGUCCUGGUUACAAUCAUAAAUAAACAGCAUAUAUUCUACCAUAA